AACAAAAUCGAGUGAGCUGAAAAAGUCAAUUCUUGAACAAUGGCUAUGGAGGUGAGUCUACCCUUACCACUACUACCAGGCGAUGUGAUUAAGGAGAUACUUGUGCGAAUGAGCGUGAAGGAGUUGCUGCGUUUGAGGUCGGUGUGCAAGGAGUGGUGCAUCCUCAUCGACAGCCCUGAAUUCAUCAGAACGCACCGCAAGGUUUCGAAGCUCGGACUCUUCAUCAAUGACUUCGAGCACCUCUACUGGCUCGACCUCGAUACACUGGACUCCUCUUCCUCCUCUGUCUCUUGCACCCUCGAACGACUCGACAAAAGCAGAGGCUUUGUUGCCCUAAAUCUGGGCUGCUGUAAUGGCUUGAUUGUAGAGGGUUACUGCGGCUACCUCUGCUCAGGUGGUGGAGUUCCCUUUUUAUGGAACCCAUCUACAAGAAACUACGGAAAAGUAUCUUUUAAUAAAGAUUAUGCGUCUUAUUCCCUAACAACUGUGAUCGGACUUGGUUACGAUCCUUUAAUCGAUGACCAUAAGAUAUUCACUUCCACAGUAAUUGUUCCACAGAAAAGAAAAAAACGUUCUGUCUGUGUGUUCCAGCAAUAUUGUGUCAAGGCCAAGACUUGGAAAAAGCUCAUUUGUAAUGAUGCUUUAUCAGAAAACUAUGGUUACGACUUCGGGCAUGUAUUUAUGGAAAAUUCUACUUUGUAUUGGGUUGUGACUCCAUGGGACGAGGAGGAAAAAGAAGAUAAUGAAGAUGCCUUUUGUAAUGUCAGGUUUAUUUUGGGCUACGACAUUGUGACUGAAAAACACACCAAGUUGCCGUUGCCGACUAGUUUUGAAGAAACACAUUGUUUCGUGUUUGGACCUUGUGAUUUGGAUGGCUGCCUUAGUGUGGUUCGCCAAAAGAAAAAUGAGCGUUCGUGUUUCGAGAUAUGGGUGAUGAAAGAAUAUGGCAAAGAAGAAGAGAGACGUAGUUGGACUAAGCUGUUCUCGGUGGUGGCUGCUGCUGCUGAUCAUGGACCUGGCUACUUCCAGUCCAGGAUGCGCCCAAUAAAAUAUUAUGAGAGUACUAAUCAACUUCUCUUGUAUGUAGACUGCGAGAGACUUAUUCUUUAUGACUCCAAAAUGAACACAUUCAAACAUGUCCAUGUCCCCAUUUUGGGUGUGGCAGGACGCUUCGAAGCAUAUCUCGCUGUGCAAACCCUUGUUGGAAUAUGAUGCUUCCUCAUAUUAUGGAUUAUGGAUUUUUUUCAUUUUCUUUUUCUUUUUUAGCUUUUAGUGUUUAUGAUCUAAUUUAGUACAGUACCAAUGUGAUGUUAUGGAUUUUUUUCAUUUUCUUUUUCUUUUUUAGCUUUUUAUGUUUAUAAAAGUGUUCAGCUUCUCUAAGCAAAGCAUGACUUUAAAGUCUAAAACUGUCAGGAGGAAUGAGAAGAACCUUAUGUAAAUUCUCAAAGACACAAGACAAGACGUAGCGUUAGAUUGAUCUU